CGUCCGCUAGCUCCUCGCUUAUUUAUAGAGCCCGCGAGCCGGGCAGAGUGGAGCAGAUAGCAGGUAGCUGAUUCAUCAGCAGCAAGCCAGCAAAGAGUGCAGUAGCUACUAGCUAGCUAGCAAGCAACUCCAGAGCUCUCGCAAGCUAGCUAGCUCGAUCUAGCUACGUACACACUCCAUCGCCGAUCGCUUUUGCUGUUUCUGGCCAGAGCUGAUCUAUAAGCGAGCGCGGCACACGCUUUGCUUGUCAGAGGGGUGUUAUAAGUAGGGGGGCCGAACUGCUGCUCUGCCUGAGCACGGAACAACGAGAACGACCGACCGACCCAAGGCAAGCAAAGCAAGCAAGCAUCAUUUGCGUACGCGGGCUUCUCGGAGCAUGGAGGAUGGCGCGCCCACGACCAUGACCCAGGAGAAGCGGCUGGCCGUCGUCGUCGUCGCCCCUGAAGACCCUGCUGCUGCGCCAGUACUACUGGCCAACGGAGCCGCCGCCGAGGAGCACAAGGCGGGGGAGGAUCCUCCGGCGCCGCCGACCGCAUUGCUGUCCGGCUGGCCCAGGAGGACAGGGCUCUACCUCUUCGUCAUGAACGUCAGGAGUGUCUUCAAGCUCGACGAGCUCGGAUCGGAAGUGCUGCGCAUUGCGGUGCCGGCAUCGCUUGCUUUGGCCGCCGAUCCGCUUGCUUCCCUUGUUGACACUGCAUUCAUCGGCCGUUUAGGUUCGGUGGAGAUAGCUGCUGUUGGUGUCUCAAUUGCUAUAUUUAACCAAGUAUCCAAAGUCUGCAUAUACCCCCUUGUUAGCGUAACAACAUCAUUCGUCGCUGAAGAGGACGCCAUCAUUAGCAAAUACCUGGAAGAAAACAGCAGCCAAGACCUGGAGAAAGCUCCUGUGGAUUCAGAAGCCAGCAAUGUUCCUGUAUCUGGUGCAGAGUGUGUCAAUUCUUGUAUCCCAACAGAGUGUACUGAUCUAUCCAAUCAAGGGUGCAAGAGAAAGUACAUACCUUCUGUGACAUCGGCGUUAAUAGUUGGUUCAUUUCUUGGGCUGGUUCAGGCUGUGUUCCUGAUCUUUUCAGCCAAAGUUGUACUGGGCAUCAUGGGUGUGAAACAUGAUUCACCGAUGCUAGAACCCGCAGUUCGGUACCUGAAGAUCAGAUCGCUUGGUGCUCCUGCUGUUCUACUGUCUUUGGCAAUGCAGGGCGUUUUCCGGGGUUUCAAAGACACAAAGACACCGUUAUAUGCCACCGUGGUCGGAGAUGCAGCAAAUAUCAUCCUAGACCCAAUUUUGAUGUUCGUUUGCCACAUGGGCGUCACUGGUGCAGCCGUUGCCCAUGUUGUUUCCCAGUACCUUAUAACCAUGAUCUUGAUAUGCCGGCUCGUCCAGCAAGUUGAUGUUAUCCCACCGAGCCUCAAAUCCCUGAAAUUUGGGCGGUUCCUUGGAUGUGGAUUCCUGCUGCUAGCGAGGGUCGUGGCCGUGACCUUCUGCGUCACCCUGGCUUCGUCGCUGGCUGCCCGCGACGGGGCGACUAUCAUGGCCGCCUUCCAGAUCUGCUGCCAGCUCUGGCUCGCUACGUCGCUCCUCGCCGACGGGUUGGCCGUCGCAGGGCAGGCGGUGCUUGCAAGCGCGUUCGCCAAGAAUGAUAACAACAAGGUGGUUGCCGCGACGUCUCGGGUCCUGCAGCUGAGCAUUGUUCUCGGGAUGGGUCUCACCGUGGUGCUCGGCCUUUUCAUGAAGUUCGGCGCCGGCGUUUUCACGAAAGACGCCGCCGUGAUCGACGUCAUCCACCGAGGCAUCCCGUUUGUUGCCGGCACGCAGACUAUAAACGCCCUGGCGUUCGUCUUCGACGGCAUCAACUUCGGAGCGUCAGAUUACACUUACUCCGCUUACUCCAUGGUUGGCGUGGCGGCUAUAUCCAUACCGUGCCUGGUGUAUCUAUCCGCGCACAACGGAUUCAUCGGUAUAUGGGUCGCGCUGACGAUCUACAUGAGCCUGAGGACCAUAGCUAGCACCUGGAGGAUGGGGGCGGCCAGGGGGCCAUGGGUGUUCCUCCGGAAGGGAUGGUGAUCGGCUCGGAAGAUCGACAGCGAUUUAUUUUUACAGUACAUUGCUGGUAGAUAGCCAUGCAUGCUCAUUCCCAUGUAACUAAAUAACAAUUAUAGUGUAGUACAUAUGUUUUCUUGUUGGGUUAAGCUUGGGAUAUUGGAGUACAUAGGUGGGACCUAUUGCUCUACGGCCUCCUGGCUUUGGUUGGGGAGAGGCUACUCUGAUCCUGUGAUUCAUGUUGUUGUUCAUUCUGUGCCGGUGAUGGCAAUUUAAUUGGACCAUUGCUCUGUACUGCCAUACGCUGAUACAUUGGUUUGGUUUCUCUC